GAGAAGAGAGGCGGAAUUCAAUUCAAGUGUGUAGUCAGUUCAGACUCCAUUUAGAGGAACACUGAAGGCUGAAGCAGGACUGACUGAAGUCAGAAGAUGGAGAAAGAGUCUACAGCAUCCAGCUGUCUGUCUAUGAAGAGUGAUCGGUCCAGAGAUGAACCUCCAACCUUCAGUGAAGAACCUGGACCCUCAGACACACAGAGGCUUCGUCAGUCGACAGGAUGAAUAUAAAUGCUCAACUGUACAGAAACUCAAAGCUGAUGUUGGUCUGCAGGAGGUUUUAGAUGAACAUAAGAUCAGUCUGAGGAGGAGAUGUGAACAUGUGACUGAGGGAACUGAUGUAAGAGGAAGAGGAACCCUCCUCAACAAGAUCUACACUGAGCUCUACAUCACAGAGCAACAGAGUGAAGAGGUUAAUACCCAACAUGAGAUGAAGCAGCUUGAGACAGCUUCCAAGAUGAAGGCCCUCCAUGACACUCCAAUCAGGUGCCAGGACAUCUUUAAAGCCUUACCUGACCAACAGAGACACAUCAGAGUGGUUCUGACCUACGGUGUCGCUGGUGUUGGAAAAACCUUCUCAGUGCAGAAGUUCACUCUGGACUGGGCAGAGGGUUCGGAAAACCAAGAUGUCAGCGUGGUGAUUGUGCUUUCGUUCAGGGAGUUGAACUUGAUCAAAGAUGAGCAGUACAGUCUUCUCAGGCUGCACCAUGUUUUCCAUCCAACAUUACAGAAGGUCGCAGCAGAGCAGCUGGCUGUCUGGAAACUUUUGUUCAUCUUUGAUGGCCUGGAUGAAAGCAGACUUUCACUGGACUUCAACAACAGUGAGGUUGUGUCUGAUGUCACACAGAAGGCAUCAGUCAACGUGCUGCUGACAAACCUCAUCAAGGGGAACCUGCUUCCCUCGGCUCUGGUCUGGAUCACUUCCAGACCUGCAGCAGCCAAUCAGAUCCCUCCUACAUGUGUUGACAGGGUAACAGAAGUACGAGGCUUCACUGACGCCCAGAAGGAGGAGUACUUCAGGAGGAGGUUCAGUGAUGAAGAGCUGUCCAACAGAAUCAUCUCCCACAUCAAGACCUCCAGGAGUCUCCACAUCCUGUGUGGAGUCCCAGUCUUCUGCUGGAUCACUGCUACAGUUCUGGAGCACAUGUUGACUGCAGAGCAGAGAGGAGAGCUGCCCAAGACCCUGACUGACAUGUACUCACACUUUGUGAUGGUUCAGACAAAGAGGAAGAAGAACAAGUACCAUGAGGGACAUGAGACCAGUCCACAAGAGCUGAUAGAGGAUGACAGGAAAGUUCUUCUGAAGCUGGGGAGGCUGGCGUUUGAACAUCUGGAGGAAGGAAACAUCAUGUUCUACCAAGAAGACCUGGAGCGCUGUGGUCUGGAUGUGACAGAGGCCUCAGUGUACUCAGGAGUUUGUACAGAGUUCUUCAAAAGAGAGAGUGUGAUCUUCCAGAAAUCAGUCUACUGCUUUGUUCAUUUGAGUGUUCAGGAGUUUCUGGCUGCAGUCCACAUGUUCCACUGUUACACCAACAAGAAGACAAAGGUGCUGAAGAACUUCCUGGGGAAAAAAUACCAAGAAACAUCUCUGGAUGACCUCUUUUAUGGAGCCAUGGAGAAAUCCCUGCAUAGUAAAAAUGGUCACUUGGACCUGUUUGUUCGCUUCCUUCAUGGCCUCUCUCUGGAGUCCAACCAGAGACUCUUAGGAGGUCUGCUGGGUCAGACAGAGAACAGUCCAGAAAUCAUCCAGAGAACCAUCAACAAGCUGAAGGAGAUGAACACUGAUGAAAUGUCUCCUGACAGAAGCAUCAACAUCUUUCACUGUCUGAUGGAGAUGAACGACCUCUCAGUUCAUCAGGAGAUCCAAGAGUUCCUGAAGUCAGAGAACAGAUCAGAGAAGGAACUCUAUGAGAUCCACUGCUCAGCUCUGGCCUACAUGCUGCAGAUGUCAGAGGAGGUUCUGGAUGAGUUGGACCUGAAGAAGUACAACACAUCAAUGGAGGGACAACGGAGACUAAUCCCAGCUGUGAGGAACUGCAGAAAGGCUCAAUUAACUGGAUGUGGACUCUCAGAGACUCACUGUGAAGUUGUGUCCUCAGCUCUGAAGUCCAACCCUUCCUAUCUGACAGAGCUGAACAUGAGUUAUAAUAACCUGAAGGAUUCAGGAGUGAAGCAUCUCUCUGCUGGACUGGAGAGUCCAAACUGUAGACUGGAGACUCUGAGGUUGGAGAGGUGCAGCUUGUCAGAGAUCAGCUGUGGUUCUCUGGCACCAGCUCUGAAGUCCAACCCCUCCCAUCUGAAACAUCUGGACCUGAGUAAAAACAACCUGAAGGAUUUGGGAGUGAAGCAGCUGUGUGGUUUUCUGGAGAGUCCUGACUGUAGACUGGAGACUCUGAGAUUGAGUGACUGCAGUUUGUCAGACAUCAGCUGUGAUUCUCUGGUCUCAGCUCUGAAGUCCAACCCCUCCCAUCUGAAACAUCUGGACCUGAGUAGAAACAACCUGAAGGAGUCAGGAGUGAAGCAGCUGUAUGGUUUUCUGGAGAGUCCAGACUGUAGACUGGAGGCCCUGAGAUUGUGGAGCUGCAGGUUGUCAGAUAUCAGCUGUGAUUCUCUGGGACCAGCUCUGAAGUCCAACCCCUCCCAUCUGAAACAUCUGGACCUGAGAAACAACAACCUGAAGGAUUCAGGAGUGAAGCAGUUGUGUGGUUUUCUGGAAAGUCCAGACUGUACACUGGAGACUCUGGAACUGAGGAGCUGCAAUUUGUCAGAGAUCAGCUGUGAUUCUCUGGGACCAGCUCUGAAGUCCAACCCCUCCCACCUGAAACAUCUGGAUCUGAGUUACAACAACCUGAAGGAUUCAGGAGUGAAGCAGCUGUGUGGGUUUCUGGAGAGUCCAGACUGUAGACUGGAGACUCUGAGGUUGAUUUACUGCAGUUUGUCAGAGAUCAGCUGUGAUUCUCUGGUCUCAGCUCUGAAGUCCAACCCCUCCCAUCUGAAACAUCUGGACCUGAGUAGAAACAACCUGAAGGAUUCAGAUGUGAAGCAGCUUCUUGAUCUUGUGGAGAGUCCAGACCAUAAACUGGAGACUCUGUGGUGGAGGAGGUCAUGGUGAUGAAGAGGAGGGUGUGUGAGGUGAGAGGAUGAGCUGUGUCCAGACGAUCCAGAAGCAGCAGCAGCUUGUGUGGACAGAAACUCUGACUGCAGAUAAAUGCUGAUGUUGAUCAAGAAGUGAGCAGCUCAGUCACAAACAUGAGCUUAAACUCACACAUUAUUCCCCCAGUGAUGCAGCCACUGUUCAGUUCCACUGACUCUGAUACAGUGGUGGGAAAAGGGUUUGGAUCCCUCAGGAUUUACUAUUUUUACUGUUGUCACCUAAAUGUUUCAGAUCAUUGAACAAAUUUAAAUAUGAGACAAAGAACACAAGUAAACACAAGAUGCAGUUUUUAAAUGAAGGUUUUUAUUAAAGGAAAUAAAUCCCA